UAUGCGCAGUUCGUGUAUACCACAACGAUUCUGUGACAGUUGAGCUUUUGUGAAAAACCGAAACAAUGCCUGAACCUGCGAAGUCAGCGCCCGCACCCAAAAAGGGGUCUAAAAAAGCUGUCACCAAGACCCAGAAGAAAGGGGAUAAAAAAAGGCGUAAGACCAGGAAAGAGAGUUACGCCAUUUACGUGUAUAAAGUACUGAAACAAGUCCACCCGGACACCGGCAUCUCCUCAAAAGCUAUGGGCAUCAUGAACUCGUUUGUAAACGACAUCUUCGAGCGCAUCGCCGGAGAAGCCUCGCGCCUGGCGCAUUACAACAAGCGCUCCACUAUCACAUCCCGGGAGAUCCAGACGGCCGUGCGCCUGCUCCUGCCGGGAGAACUGGCCAAACACGCCGUGUCCGAGGGCACUAAGGCCGUGACCAAAUACACCAGCUCCAAGUGAAAGUGAACUAACAAGAUGGACUGUACUCUCAUCCUUAAGGAUGGAAGACGAAAACCAUCCACUGUUGUUGUUUGAUGUCCGCAUGAGGGGACUUCUGGUUCAUCUGGAGCGAAACGCAGCUCUGGAAGAGCGCACACACACAGACUCACACACAGUUCUUUCCAUCUGUAUAACACCAACAUUCACCUGAGGUUGUUCAUGUUUGAUCGUUUUUGCACGUGAACACUUGUACUGUUAUGGCAUAUGAUCGUCAUGUGUUAACUCAAAUUACCGGAAGGAAACACUGUGGCUUUGGUUUUUAUUGAUUUCUUGUAUAAAAAUUUGCUGUACUGUAUUCAUACUGGAAAAAAUGUCUUAUGCCUGAAUGUUUCUUCAUAAUUACCCUGCCAUUUACCACAAAUAAAUAUUGGUUAAUGGCAACAACAAC